GCGCAUGGCAUGUCUCGCAUCGGCAGCGAGGCGUGCUGCCCAACAGAAGGCCUACAUGCUGGAGCAAGGCUGGCCCAGGUUCUCGCGCCUGAACCGCCAGUUGCAGGUCAUGGAGGGCUUCGUGCUUGAAGAGGGCUGGUGGCCGUCGUCAGGGGCUCUGACGAAGAUGUCCAUCAGCAAGGUGGUCGCUGUUCUGAGGACAGACAGCGCGGCGGCAGCUGGCUACAUGCUGGAGGCGCACGACGAGCACCUGGUGAAGCUGCGGCAGCGGGACAUGCAGGUCCAACCUUCGGUGUUCGAGGUGCUGGAUGACGAGCGGGAGCAAUGCGCGCCUCUCGGAGGGGGCGCGGCCGUGGAGAAGCUCAUGCAGCAGUGGGCCCACCGUGGUAGCAUGAGCUUCGGCAUGAUGGGGCUCAAGCUGCAGGACUUGCGACAAGUGGUUGACACCCGCAGCGACAGGGCGGGCCUUGGCCGGGAUAAUAUGCAUCCCAGGCAGCUGCGAUGGUUGCCGAGCAGCUAUCAGUUGAGGUUCCUGGACGUGCUGCGCGCAUGGGAGAGGGGCCCUAUCGACAUGCGCCUCUUCCUCAUGCUGAUCUCGUUCCUGCCCGAGCCCCCUCCUGGGGGAGGUGUGCGACCGAUAGUGCUCAAGUGCCUGUGGCUGCGGCUAUGGGUUCGCCUCAGGCAACCGCUGGUGGCGCAGUGGGAACGGCGGCUAGAGAGCGACUUCUACUGGGGAGGUUUCGGCAGGACAUGCGAUCGCGCUGGGCAUGUACACAACCUGGCGGCGGCGUGCUGCAUGCAGGUGGGCGGCGUGGCUUCUGGCACUGCGGCGCUGGGCCUCAGCGAGUAUUACGAGCGC